AGGUACAGAACGCGAAGCGUAGUGUAUAUUUUUAUUUUAUCAAUAAUAGACGAAUGUGCUAUUUGUCGUUAUAUUAUUAAUACAAAGAAAGUGAAAUUUAUUAGGAGUGGCAGUUAAUUUUGUAAUAAAUAUUUAAAGUGCUCCUGUGCUCAAAAACUAAUAAUAUGGCUGGAAUUAAUUUAGAUUUUGUGCGUGAAGAUGACUAUAUUGAAUACUUUGUGUAUCCUCAAUUACCCGAAACUGUCGUUAACUCUGCUGAAAAUAGUGCAGCAGUUACUGAGGUUGAAAACUUUAUGCAAGAUUUUUUAAAGAAAUGUAAAAUUAUCACAGAAAAGAUUAUAACCACACGGGAAUAUAUAUGGCAUAAAGACGAUUUUCAGCUGCAUGUGCGAACAGGGAGUGAGCAAGAAAAUCUAUUAAAUAAUGAAAGAAAGCAAGAUUUGGAGUUGUUACCACCGCAUUUACAUGGUGUUACUCAUUAUGGCGAUAACAUCGCGGACGAGUGGUUCAUUGUCUUUGUCCUAUAUGAAUUAACGCGUGAAAUUGCUGAUUGCAUUGUUCGCGUUACUGACUCUGAUGGGGAAUUUCUUUUAAUUGAAGCUGCCGAUGCGUUACCAAGGUGGGCGAAUCCUGACACUUGUGAACAAAGGGUUUACAUUGCAAAUGGUAACAUAAAAUUGGUGCAAAAUUCACCAUCUAAUUCUGCAAAAAUAUUACCUGUGGAAAAGGCUUUAUCGAAAAUACGUCUGAAUCCAAAUCUUUAUUGUGUAUCAAAAGAAAUAGAAGAUUGCAUUAAUGAAAGAUUGAAAGAAUUUGUAGAUUUAUCUUCCACAUAUCAUCAUCAAAUUGUUCGUCUACCUGUAGGUGUUGCAGCAAUAUUGAAAGUUAAGCCAAGCUUAAUUGCAUCAUCUGUUCGAGCAUUUUGCGAACGUGAUAGUAUCGAUAUGAGAGCAUGUCGAUCAAUGCUAUUUUUUCCUCCCGAACAAAGGGUACGAGUUAACGUACGAUUUACCCGUUGCCUAUACGCUAUGAUACUGCAAGCCAAUUACGUACCUGACCGUAAAAUUGGUUGGAAUCUUAGUAAUUCAACUAACACGGAGGAAUAUAAAGAAGAUUUACUUGGUGUUAAGAUUGCUUGCGGAUUCGAAAUACUAACGUCACAAACAAAGAAUGCUAAAAGUGAGGAAAAUGAUCAAAAUUGGCUUGAUUACAGAAAAAGUUUAACUUCAAAAGGAUAUUUUCGGAACAAUAUAGAAGGUUCAGCGGAAUAUAUUCGUUUAUUGAAUACGGCACGUGAGUUUUUUAAUGAAAACAAUGGACGAUUUCGUACAAACGCAUUUGUUGGAAAUGAAAUAAUCGAUAUAUUAAAAAGUGCCGAUAUUAACGUCGACCAAUUCAGAGAUGAAGAAAACAAUUUAAAGCCCAGCGAUUGUGAUGAUUGGUUAAAUAUUAAUGCUGAGCAGUUAGAUGCAAUGCUUCAAGAACGAUAUGGUCCAAGAAAAUUAUAUAAACCAGAUGGUGAUAUAGAUGCUGCAGAAUUUACUAAAAAUAUAACAGACUUUCUAGAAAAACAAUCACAGAUUGAGGGAAUUGAAAAUGAUCCCGAAGAGGUGAAGCGUGACAAAGACGAAAUAAAAGAUAAAUUGAAAAAAAAUCACUCAAUGCGCCGAGCGUGUAAGCAAAAUUCAGUUAUUACAGAACCGAAACAAAAAAGCACCAAUAAUGAUAAACUUGACGAUGAAAGUAGUUUUUCUACACACGUCCGAAACUUUUUGGAUUUUGUGAUACCAGAAGAUAAUUGGGACUCUAACUCUGAAAUGAGUGAUUAUGAAGAUGAUGAUGAUUUAGAGCGAAAUAUUGAAUCUAUGACUAAUACAGAAAUGAACAUAGAUACUGAUAUUAAAACAUAUAUGGCGCAAAUGGAUAAAGAACUCUCUAAAACUACUAUUGGUCAAACAUAUGACACAAGUAAGGAAAGAAAGAUGGCAAAUGGAAGUGAAGAUGAUUUUGAUGAUAUUGAGUCUUUCAAUCCUGUAAAUAUUAACGUUAAUGUUCUUAAAAAUAUGAUGGAUAGUUAUAAAUUACAAGUUGGUGGUCCUGGUCCAGUAUCAAAUUUAAUGCGUGCCAUGGGCGCUGGUAUGUCAGUAGGAGUUAAUGAAAAUGAUGAAACGAAUAAUCUUACAGAGUCUACAGUUUAAUACAAUUUCUUUAUGGUCUGAUCUUAUUAAACCACAUUCAUUCAGCACUUCAAUUUAGUUUUUUUAUUUAAUUUAUAAAACGAAUUUAAAUAAAGUUUUAUUCAUAACA